ACCUCCACCAUAGAAGAAGAGAAUGCGGAAGAACCAAACAAACCUAACGUCGUGUGUUCUAUAUGCGUGUGCUUGACUGAGGCUUGGCGGUGUUACGGUCUGUCAUAUAGAAAGUUCCAGAAGAAAUACACUCCCGAACGAGCCGACGACAAGCGGGACCGCUGACCAGUUAGUUUACCGAGGGAGAACUUCUCAAAAGAAAGAAAAUGUCUGUUAUUUCCGAGGACAAUGUGCGAGGUGAGGGCAGUGAGAACCUUUUCAAGGAGAUAAGUGCCGACGGCGCAGACUGGCAGCCCACUGAGAUCGAGAGUCUGUGCAUGAACUGCUUUAAAAACGGUAUGACGCGUUUGCUUUUGACCAAAAUCCCGUUCUUCAAAGAAGUCAUCAUCAGCUCUUUCAGCUGCGCUCACUGCGACUGGUCAAACACGGAGAUCCAGUCCGCGGGCCGGAUUCAGGACCAAGGCGUGUGUUACACACUGAAAGUCAAAACGAAGCAGGACUUGAACAGGGAGGUUGUUAAAUCAGACAGUGCGACCACCAGAAUCCCUGAGCUGGAUUUUGAGAUCCCUCCAUUCACCCAGAAAGGGGCACUUUCUACUAUCGAGGGCCUGUUGGACCGAGCAGUUUCGGGGCUGGAGCAGGACCAGACUGUCAGACGAGCAGCGGACCCUGAGGUGGCUGAGAAAAUCGACGAAUUCAUCCACAAGCUGAGGCAGUUAAAAGAGGUCGAAAGCGAAUUCACCCUGGUGAUCGAGGAUCCAUCCGGCAACAGUUUUGUGGAAAACCCAAAGGCCCCUCAAAAAGACGACGCUCUGACCGUGUCCCUGUUCAAGCGGACGAUGCAGCAGGACAUGCAGCUGGGGCUGAGGGCUGACGAUGACUUGGAAGAGGAGGAGGAACCGGCCGCCAGCGACAUCGACGCCAUGAGAGACGAGGUUUUGGCCUUCAACACCAACUGCCCCGAAUGCAACGCGCCGGCCGCCACCAACAUGAAGCUGGUCCAGAUCCCCCACUUCAAGGAGGUCAUCAUCAUGGCCACCAACUGCGACAGCUGCGGCCACCGCACCAACGAGGUGAAGUCGGGCGGGGGCACGGAGGAGAUGGGCACCAAGAUCACCCUGCACCUCACCGACCCGUCGGACAUGACCCGGGACGUGCUCAAGUCGGAGACGUGCGCCGUCGCCAUCCCCGAGCUGGAGUUUGAGCUGGGGAUGGCGGCCGUGGGCGGGAAGUUCACCACUCUGGAGGGGCUGCUGAAAGACAUCAAAGACCUGAUCAUCUCCAAGAACCCGUUCAUGUGCGGCGACAGUUGCACCGCCGCUCGGCAGCAGAAGCUGAACGAGUUCGGGGAGAAGAUCGACAAGAUCACGGCCGGAGAGAUGGACGUCCACAUCAUCCUGGACGACCCGGCGGGGAACAGCUACGUGCAGAACGUGUACGCCCCGGAUCCAGAUCCCGAGAUCACCAUCGAGAAGUACACCCGCACGUUUGAGCAGAAUGAAGACCUCGGCCUGAACGACAUGAAGACCGAGGGCUAUCAAGAGGACAAAUGAACUGCCAGCACCACCUGAAAGGACUAAAUGAACUGAUGAUUGAUUAAUGUCAUGUCAAAAAAAACGACAACAGAGUACUUAUAUCGCUCCAUAUUUUUGUUCCAUUUUUUACAUUUGAAGUUAAACGCCGGGUGAACGGUUGUGAAAAGAACCGUGCAAGCAUAUAUACGUGACAUGAUUUGUAAAACAUAUGGAUACUGCUGUUAUUAAAAGAGAAAUCCUUUAACUCCA